CUGUGUUUCAUCAGCUGAUUGCGUGUGUGCGCUCAUGACAAUCACAUGAAGGCAUGUUAGUUCGGCGGUUGUGUGGUUGAUACUUGGAAUUUCGGUUGACCUGUCGGCACCGUGACAACUUAUACUCGACUACUCUCGGUUUCUGUGUGAAUCUGUAUGUGUGUCUGCAUGUGACAUGUCACUGUACGGCGUGUGCGCUGUUCUGGCACUCGUGUCCGGAAACGCUUUCUGUUUCUACGACCCCGACGAGGUGGUCGACCUACCCGGCAUGUCCUUCAAACCAGCCUACAGGCAGUGGUCCGGGUACCUAGAAGCCGGGCCGGGCCGGUACCUCCAUUACUGGUUUGUGAUGUCUCAGAAUGAGCCCCUGAAGGACCCGCUGGUGCUGUGGCUGAACGGCGGGCCGGGCUGCAGUUCGCUGGAUGGGUUCCUCUCGGAGAACGGGCCCUUUCAUGUGAACGAUGAUGGUGCCACCCUUUACGACAACAAGUUCAGCUGGAACAAGGUGGCCAACAUGCUGUACCUGGAGUCUCCGGCUGGCGUGGGCUUCUCCUAUUCAGACGACCAGCAGUACAAGACCGAUGACGACCAGGUGGCUGACAACAACUACUUGGCACUGAAGAGCUUCUUCAGCAAGUUCCCCAACUUCACUCAGAAUGACUUCUACAUUUUUGGUGAAAGCUACGGUGGCAUCUAUGCACCCACGCUCAGCCUCAGGGUGGCCACCGGGGGCACCAAAAUUAACUUGAAGGGGUUUGCAGUUGGAAAUGGUAUCACCAGUUUUGCUCUCAAUGAUCAGUCCCUCAUCUACUUUGGGUAUUACCACGGGCUCUUCGGAGAACAACUGUGGACUGAUCUGAACAACAACUGCUGUAGAAAUGGCUCAUGCAACUUCUACAACUCCACAGAACCAGGCUGCAUCACCACGGUGUCCCAGGCCUAUAAUAUCGUCUACAGCUCAGGACUCAACGUGUAUGCGCUGUACCUGGAUUGUGCGGGGGGUGUCGGCUCCCAGCACCCCUUCCACUUCUCUAUGCAACACCUGUUCCGCAACUAUAGGAAGAUGUGGGCGAUGGAGCAGUUCUCCAGAGUUGUGGAGUUGCCAGACGAGUCCCAGCUCUCCCUGAAUGAGGUACCUCUCUGCAUCAACAGCACAGCCCAGAUGAACUGGCUGAAUCGUGGUGAUGUGCGCAAAGCCCUGCACGUUCCAGACAUCCUGCCAGCCUGGGACAUCUGCAGUGAUGUGGUAGCGCACCAGUACCAGACCACAUACAAGACCAUGAAGGAUGUGUAUCUGAAGCUACUGAGCUUGGGACUCAGGGUUCUGGUCUACAAUGGAGACACAGACAUGGCCUGCAACUUCCUGGGCUGCCAGUGGUUUGUGGAGAUGCUCGGGCAGAAGUGUCCCCCGGUCCAUCUGCAACAGACGACACUUUACCAGCCAUGGCUGUUCGAGCGCCAGGUUGCAGGAUUCUACCAGCAGUUCGGCAACGUUACCCUGCUUACAGUGAAGGGUGCUGGACACAUGGUCCCACAGUGGGCUCCAGGUCCCGCCUUUCACAUGUUCCAGGCCUUCCUGUCUGGCAGUCCAUAUUGAGGGCACUCCUGUCCCUCUGCAAACACCAAUCCUCCAGUAUUGAUCUACACAUCCAGCUCACUAUAACGAUCCUUUUGAGGGGAUUGUGCUACUAUGUCCUCCACCCUGUAAUCACAGCACUGUAGCAUGCUCCACUGUGUUUGGGCAAGUCUUCAGUACUGCUCACAUGAUUGAUUAAAGAUCUUUUCAUACUGAGGCCCAAAGUGAUCCAUCUGGUUCACACAGUUCAAAUUUGUCACCUUUCAGAGUUGGAAAAUAGCCGUCAAUUUACCCCACUUCUGCUUUACCGCACUUAGGAUAUUUCUAAGGCCUUCAGCAAAGGGGCCCCAUUGAGACAAGACUAAAUGCAGUUGGAGCCUAAUGUCAUUGUUUCAGGACACUGUGCCUUCUAGGUCCUGCUCACACUGGAGGGAUGAACCUUUCACAGAUGCUAGAGUGAGCGCCUGUGGAACCCAUCACGGGGUACAGCACAGAGGUACCGCUUGAAUAUUGGCCUGGGAGCAAGUGAGAACCACAGGCAGAUGUGAUGACCUGUUUGAUGGGCUGUGCAACCACCUGGACUCUUGUUCUUCAGGACUCUACUACCCCCUCCCUCACCACCAGUGUGGGCUCCUGUCCCUUGUCUCUCAGCUCUCUGUGUGUUCUCACUGGUAUGACUGAGUGCAGGUUCUUCAUUUCUUCAAUCAUCACAAGUGCAAAAUUUUAUCUUUUGUAAUUUUUAUGUUUUUUUUUUUUAAAAAAAAAAAAACAUUUCUGUGACAGGCGGCUCCUGUGUGGUUUCUGCACUAAAGACAUGAACCAUCA